GGUCAAAUCAACAUGGCGUUUAGACUGUGCACUUCAAGAAUUUUACGAGCCGCGGUUUUGCCGUUUUCUUGGGGAAAUUUCAGCAAUUUUCCGAUUAAGAAUGGAAUAUCUACCUCUGCAAUACUCUGUCAGGGAAUGGAAGAAAAAUUGUGGAAGCUUGGCAAGCUCAACCAUGUUGCAAUUGCUGUUCCUGAUCUAGAACAAGCGAGCAAGAUGUAUAGGAAUGUAUUAGGUGCUGAUGUUAGUGAUGUGCAAGAUCUUCCAGAACAUGGAGUAUCCACUGUCUUUGUUAACUUGGGGAACACUAAACUUGAACUUUUACAUCCUUUGGGAGACAACAGCCCAAUAGCAGGUUUUCUGAAUAAAAAAAAAGAUGGUGGAAUUCAUCACAUCUGUAUUGAGGUUGAUGACAUAAAAGAGGCUAUGAAAGAUCUUCAAGAACAUAAUAUUAGAGCCCUGAAUCCAGAACCAAAGAUUGGUGCUCAUGGUAAACCUGUAGUGUUUUUACACCCAAAAGACUGUGGUGGAGUUUUGGUUGAAAUGGAACAAGCAUAAGACUUGCAGAGGAAGUUAGAAGAUUUAUUAUCUCUGAGCUCCUGUUGGGAUUUUCCAAAUUAAUAACUGGCAACUUUAUUGACUGAGAUGAGAAAUUCAGCCAGGUUAAUAACUUUUAAGGUUUACUUCAGUGCAAACACAUAAGAUCAGAGCCUAGAUUUGCAAUAGUGCAGCUUUAAUUUAACAUAUUGCAAUUCAAUGGAAAGCGAUACACAGCAUGGUUAUGCUGCAAGGAAUUAACCUGACAAGCUCUGUAGCUCAUUCUUUUGAAUGGCAUACAGAGGUCAGUUGAGUGAAGUGAUGGAUUUGAAAAUGAAUGCAUCAAAACUAGGCCAUUGAGAUAAGGCAUAGUGCAAAGUCAGAGAAGAAUUGUAAGAUUUACUUCACUCAAGGAUGAUUUAUAACUGAAUUUGAUUAGUGAAUUAAAUUAUUCUUUUUGAAUUAAUGAUUUAAAACAAAAAUAGGAUAGUGUUCUGAUGUCAAUAAAGAGUUGUCGUAAUCUUAAGUUGAAACUUUCACUCUGAAAUUUAUUUAUUUAUUUCCAGCAACAAUUAUAACUACUAAGGAUAGGAAAGGGGAUCUUAGAAUAACUUUUUAUACAAAGUGUUUUGGUUGUCAGUCUUGCUACCUGUGCCUCACCAUUAGAUUUACCACUGGUCUGAUAUUGGGUCAAAGACCUGUCAACUGAUUUUCUGCUACAAACUGCAAGUUUGUGGGAGGGUCAGUGUUAACCAUAACUGUCUUCCCAUUAUGUUCAGGGGUGGAUUCAGGAAUUUUUUAUGGGGAAGAGUUGAAACUUUGAUUCAGGAACUAGAGCCUGGAUGAACUGAGAAAUAUUUCAAGAUAAGUGAAUUUUGGAUACUGUAUGUUUUAGUAGUAACAUGUGAUCCUGUUAGUGCACAAAUUUUAUUGACGAGAAGUAUAAAAACAAAGCAAAGAACACGGGCCUGAAGGAAGAGAAGGUCUGGACCCAGAUCCUCCACCUAGAUUUCCUGCUGGUGCUUAUUUAGAGCAAGUGAAGAUUCCAUUAGGAGAUAAAACAGAGGAUGGAACAUGAUGAAUUUGUUUGAAUUACAUGCUAGAAAAUCAAGGGUUAGGGUUAGAUGGUUAAAUUGUUUGAAUAGGAAGAGAGACUCUAUUGUGCCUUUUGUUGAGGUAAUAAGGUAAAUAUUUAGUCCAUGUAGUUACUUAAUUAAGCAAGCAUGGUUACCCUACAAUCUAGAAGUGAACUUGUUUUACAUUUUUCUUUUAAUUUUUUGACAUUAACCUUAAGCUACCUCAGAGUUUCUCUCCUUCUUCUUCAACUUGAUGUAGUUUUAGAUGCAAUUAUCAAUAUCAGCAACCAGAAGUGCUUGGUUUUACAAUGCAAACUAUCAUUAAUGAAGGGCAAAUGUUCCCCUGCACAUGCACUUGAACAUUGAUCUCUGUGUUUCCAAGCAACAUGCACAAUUUUAGUUAAAUUAUCAUGCAACAUGUAAUAUAUCGUUUCAAACACAUCAUAAUUGAAUAAACAAUCAACAGUAAAAAUA